GUCCAUGGCGGUUCUUUUGACUCGGCGCUUCCGGGCCCCGGGCAGCCCGAGCGAGCCCGGCGGGCGCGGCAGGGGGCGUACGGCGAGCCCGAGCGGGGGCUUCUGCCGCAAGAGAAAGCCAGGAUGUUCUGGCCCUUUUCAAGCUACUCAGCUAUGGAGUGGUAUUAUUCACUCCCUUCAGACUCAAGUGGAAAUAAAAAGACGGAGGCAUCACUUACGGACAUACAAAGACUGUUUUAUUGGUUCAGAUGCUGUUGAUGUAGUAUUAAGUCAUCUUAUGCAAAAUACGUGUCUAAGUAGCAGUGACAUCUCUCGUCUUAAAGGAGUUCGUCUUUGCCAGGUUCUAAUGAAUAAUAAAGUGUUUGAACCAGUAGGAACGAUGCUAUUCAAAAAUGAAAAGAAAUUGGAAUUUGAAGAUUCAAAUACUAGCCUCUAUAGGUUUCUAGGCAAUAAAUCAUCAGGUGAUUUUUGCAAAAGAAAGGAUGCUGAGAACGGAUUAAUCAGUGAAAUAAAGACUAAGGAAUCUUUAAGACCAGAGGAUGAAACGAUUUCAAAUCCCAUAGCAGAAGAGAUUGAGAGGAUUGAAGAACUUAUUCGUACGGUGGAUGGGAACCUGGCCGUACCACCAGCUACCCACAUUGACAAACCUGUUCUGCUGCUUUCAAGAGAAGCUGUGGAAGAUGUUUGGAAGCAACAAACAGUAUUACGCAUUCUUCAACUGACUCACCUCCCAUUCUUGGAAAAUAUUUUGGACCCUCCAGUUAAAACACAGACUCUUCAGUUAAGUAAAGAGGAAACUCUUGUUAUAUCAAACACCUGUCUAGACAGAGAAGUUAUUCCAAACUUAUGUCUUCAUGAGAUUGAUAAUUGGCUUAAUGCAGCAAUUGAAUGUUUGGAAUAUUUCCCAGAUCAACUAAUAGUUACAGUUAAUCAACAGUUAGUACAAAGCAGAGAUGAAAAUACAAAAUUGAACACACAGAAGAAAACACUCUUUGAUGUUAUAGUGAAAUAUUACAAUCAAGAAAGAGCUUGCUUAUUGACUGAGGACUAUUUUGAUAUUCAGUCAGGGAUUAUCGAACUUUUAGAAAAUGGAAAAAGGACAGACGCACUUGAAGCAACACAACUUUAUCUAAGAUUGUUGUCACCCAACAUUAGAGAAGAAUUACGUCGGCUACUCACUUUCAUGGCCAUUGCAUCUGAACCUAACGCCUACAAAUUACAAAAACAGUAUGAUAACAAAACGGUGGUGCUGAAAACUCUCGCCAAAGCAGUUUUACAAACCAAUUCAUUAUUAAAAGUACAGGCAGAACAAUUAGUCUGGUUUCUACUGGAGUUUCACUCCGAGCUCUUCAAGACACCAGUGACUUUAUUGGAUCUGGUUAGCAAGAAACUUAAGAGGCUUCAACAUGGAGAAGACCCAGAUGCCGUAUCAGACUUCACCUUUUGCCAGCGCUUGACAUACAAGGAAUUUGAAAAGCAAAAGGAAAAGACGGUUGAGUAUCUUCACCAGUUGACUCGCGAGAUUAAUAGUCACCCCAGCAUCUCUUUGAAACUAAAAAGGAAAUUAAUUAAGGAAUUUCAGAAGCACCACCCUGGAGCCUUGCGGUAGCAUUUCUGCCGUGGACAGUACUAGUGCUCCUGUGAACAUGGACGAGUCAGGGGGCUUCUUUGCUGCCAUUCUUGAGCCUCGGGGACAGAAGAACCUCAAACAUCAUGAAAAUCAUGGUUAAGACAUGUCAGGAAUGUGUUUAACUUUGCAAUGAAAGACAAACUGGUUUCAUCUAAUUUCUUUCUAAUUUCAUCUAAUUAUUUUCAUCUAAUUAUUUCACUUAAUCAUUGUGCUCCUAAAAUCACUUGCUAAAUAAAGAUGCUUCUGCUGUUUUAGAGAUCUGGUACUUCCUUAGAACCUUUUUUCCCGAAGGAAAGAAACUUUUCAUCCAAGUUCUCUAAAGAGGGGCCAGGGCAGUAGUACAGCAGGUAGGACAUUUGCCUAGCACAUAUUUACUCAGAUUUGAUCCCCGGAAUGCCAUAUGGUUCUCCGAGCCUGCUAAGGGAGACCCUUGCAUGCAGAGUGCUAGUUUAUGCCUUGACCACAGUGAGGAAGAAACAUGACUUGAAAAUAAAUAUUUAAACUAAUAUAAAUAGUUCUAUCAUUUUAUGUAAAAAUGGUUCCGACAGAGGAACCCAGAGCCUGGAAAGCUACCCGUGAUGUAUUUGACAUGCCAAAAACAGUAACAACAAUGUGAUCUUCAUGUUCCUGGCGAGAGCAGAUGCCAUUGGGCUACACUAGCAUGUGAGAGGGACUAAUGAAGACUUUACUGGCUCCACUCAAGCAAAUCGAUGAACAGCGGGAUGACAGUGAUACAGUGAUAUGU